AUGUGUGACGCCACGUUUAUUUGCCGAUCUGGUGACGGAUUUCCCCUGGUUGAGUCUUGGGACGACUCUAUCAAAAGUAGAUACGGGGGAAAGAGCACAAAUGAGAUUAAAAUAACUGCCAGGAUUAUUUGUAGAAACUUAGACGUGUCAAAUAAAAAGUGUUCAGUUUAUGAGGGAGAUUUAACUUAUCAUUAUUUUGUAGAUGGCGGUAUUUGUUAUAUGACUGUUUGCCUAACUAGCUACCCCAAAAAAAUGGCCUUUGUAUAUUUAGGAGAACUUUCAAAUGCAUUUAAGGAGGAAAUUAGAAUUCAUUUUGGCACGACUGGAGUGGAUUAUCAAUCGGCCAUUGAGACUAUGGAUAGACCAUAUGCAUUUAUUAAGUUUGAUCGCAUGAUACAUAAAAUUAAACAAAACUUCCAAGACCCAACUUCAGUAAAGGCGUUGAACAAGAUCAACGAGAAUUUGACCCAAGUCACCGAUAUAAUGAAGAAAAAUAUCACUGAUAUUAUUAAUAGGGGUGAAACUUUACAGGACAUGGGGAGGACGGCAAGGGGAUUGGUCGAGGAAUCUAUGAAGUUUGAAAGAGAAUCCAAGCUUUUAAAUGCUAAAGGUAUGGAACGGUUCAUUGUCACCGGCCUUACUCUUGUCCUAAUAUACAUCACUUUACGCAUCCUAUUUUAG